UAAGCACAAAAACAAAACGCGUUAGUUUUGCGUCGGCAGCGAACUAGACACACGUCAAUUUGGUGUAGACAAUUAAGAUAAUGGGUGUUUAUUGUGACAUCGGUGUUAACGCACCACCGACUGGUGCUUUCGGCCCUGGGAGCGUCGUGUCCGGAGCGGUUCAGUACGCCAUUGAAGACAACACGCCUGUGGACCAGAUCAUCAUCACAUUAAAUGGCACAGAAACUCUGUCCAUCAGAAAAAGUGAUAGCAAACCUCAGGACUCGCGACACUAUCAUGGCAACGAGAUAAUAGUGAAUUUUGCAGCUGUAGUCAAACAUAACCAAACUACAGGUGGACAACUAAAUCGAGCAGAAUUCAGCUUCGUGCUACCAAAUAAUGCACCAUCAUCGAUGAAGUUUACAGGAAGACACGGAAGUUACAGCGGUACGUGCAACAUAAUAUAUAACAUCCAGGCCGUGUUCACGGUCUCGGGGCGAUUGUCGUUCAACAAGAAGUUUGAGAAAGAAAUACGUGUGGUGUCUUCAGCGAUCACUCCAAAACUACCUACAAAUCCAAUGACGCGUGGUGAAACUAAGAAACUUUUCCAGCCUUUUCGUAGAGGGAAAAGCAUAGUGUCAAUAAAAGCGACUAUACAAAACUCGGUGAUUCUUCCCGGCGGCAGAGUGGAGAUAGCUUACGAAAUUCAGAAUAACACUAAUCUAACUAUAAGAGCAAUCGAAGCCAAACUGAUGGAGGCAUAUAAUUUCUAUGCAUACGGCAUACAUAUAGUUGAAAUGGCCCAGGAUGUCCCAAGUAUGUUCUUCAAGCGAGGAGCUUUAGAAAGUGGAGAAACGUUCAGCACGACGACCACAGUGGUUCUACCCCAAUAUGUCCACAAUAUUGAUAAUGCUAAAUUGGUCAAGAGAAGUUAUUUUUUCCUCAUAACAGCGGAACUGCCAACGCCUCAUUUUGACGCCAAGCUUUUAAUCCCUAUUCAAGUUGGACACCCAUACAACAUGGUAUACGAAAGCCAUCCCACAGAAGUGCCUGGUACAUCGUAUCACCACCAAGACCCACCACCAAGUUAUUGGCAGUCCACCAAAGACAUGGAAAAAUCUAGCUGAUAUUAAACGUAAAACCGCAUCGAAGUAUUAUAAUGGACAAUAGUGAAGAUUCUUAGCAAACCUUUUUUAUACUAUAAUUUUAUGAUUAUGUUCUAAAAAUCACCUCCUGGCAACAAUAGUUCCCAUCGAUUUAUUUUACUAAAGGUCAGUUCUUUAUCUUAAAGAUAAAAUGGUAAUGUUUACCUGUUAUCACCUACUAAAAGGAUGUAUGUAUCAAAAACAUAGUUUCGUAACCAGUCUAGGAAUAAAUUCUGUUUGUUGUGACAUUGACAUGGAUAAUACAUUGUAGUCACUGGAUUUCGAUGCGUCAUCGAAGAUAACAUGUUAGUCAACUAGGUCAUUAAUUAAUCAUAACACAAUGCACUGGAAAUCUAUCAUUAUAAAACUGGAAUUAUAAUUAACAAUGUUACAAAAUGCUGAUUAGUGUUACAAGUAUCAAGAAAUGUAAUCAAAAUUAAAUAAAAUAACAAUCGAUGAACACAACGUAUCUUAUAAAAAUAAUUUCCUAUUUAAAUAUCACCUAGUUAUAGGUAGACAUUAGGUCGCUCUUGAGUCAUAGAUAUUGUGCAAUUAGUAAAUCAUAGACAUCAGCAAUUGUUGUUGCAAUUUUGUCUUACAAAGAAAUAAAAUAAACGUGCACAGGCUCUGUGUAGCUGAUAUUAUAAAUCAGUUAGGUAACAAGAAAAGCCGCUUCAAAUGAAAAAGAGUUUCCCAGAACGUAAUUGUUUCCAGUGAGAUCCGGGUCUGGCCAAAUCACGUAUAAAUCAGAUAAGAACGGAAUAAAACGUCCGUGUGGCCGUGGCUUGACCGCAGGCUUGCUGAGGCCACGAAACUAACGAUUUUUAACACAGAAGUCUUCGCAAUGUUUUUUUCAUUUUACAAGUUAACAUAGGAAGUAGUUAUACACUGGACCGUAAAGAAAAAGGGUUGGUUAGAAUUAAUACCUUCAAUAUAUUCAAAGACAUCUGACCUAGCUUUAUGAUAU